CAGCUCUGUGGCCGGUUAAGAUCCACCUCCGCGUCGCGGGAGCCAUGGAGGCGCUGGUGCAGGCGGGAGUCGAAAAUGAAGACGGCGACAGCACCUGCGGGGACUUGUGCUUCAUGGACAAAGGCCUGAUGAGUAUAUCAGAGUUGUCAUUAGAUUCAACCCUUCAUGCCAUCAAUCUUCAUUGCAAUAACAUCUCAAAGAUCUCAGCCAUUGAUCAUAUCUGGAAUUUACGACAUUUAGAUCUGUCAUCAAAUCAAAUAAGUCAAAUCGAAGGUCUAAACACACUGACGAAACUAUGCACUUUAAAUCUGUCCUGCAAUUUGAUCACAAGAAUAGAAGGGCUGGAAACACUGGUUAAUCUGACUAGACUGAAUUUAUCUUAUAACCAGAUACAUGAUCUUAGUGGUUUGAUUCCCCUUCAUGGAAUUAAACAUAAACUUAGAUAUAUUGACCUACAUAGUAAUUUUGUAGAUAGUAUCCAUCACUUACUUCAGUGUACAGUAGGAUUACACUUCUUGACUAAUCUUAUUUUGGAGAAAAAUGGAGAGGAUAAUCCUGUCUGUCGUGAACCAGGGUACAGAGCAAUUAUUCUCCAGGCUUUGCCACAGCUUAGAAUCCUAGACUGCAAAAAUAUAUUUGGUGAACCAGUAGAUAUGUCAGAUUUAAAUGCAACACGCCUACAAUGCUUAGAAGGUCUUUUGGAUAAUUUAGCUGCUUCUGAGUCUCCUGUAAAUAUAAGUGAAGAUGAGAUCACUGACUGCUUGCCAGUGAUACCAACACCCAUUGAUGAGCUUGCACCCGUAGAUCGGUUUUCAAGUGCACAAAGAGAUACUGGCUUGACAUCCUGUACAUCUGUGUGCCCGUCUUCUGAACCAGAGCAAGUCAAUCCUGAAAGUAGUUUUCAGAAUGAUAUGAAACUUCAGAAAAUAGAUGAUCAAAUUCUACAGAUUCUCCAUGAAAGUUCUAAAAUAUUAGAAGAUGAUAUUCCUGAGAAAGACCUCAGACCAAAAAAGGACACAGAUUUAACUUCUGAAAGUGACUUUGGAAACAGAAAAGAAUGCAGUAGAAAAUUUUCUCGAAAAUCAAAAAUCCCUUGUUAUUACAAGAAUAUUCAGUCUAUUAAGCACCACAAUAAGAACAGCAACAUAAGUUGUAAUCGUAAAAUGAGACAUCCUUUCUUUAAAGACUUAUAUGUAAGAUCAUCGUUAACAAGCAGUACUGUAAUAGAAGAAUCAGAAGAGCCGAAGAAUGAAAUAAUUAAAGUAGAGAGAACUGAUUCACAGGACAACACUUACCGGGCACUAAUCGAUCAACUAGACCAAGAAAGAGAAAAGAGAUGGAAAGCUGAACAAGCUGAAAAGAAACUUUUGGAAUAUAUAGAUGAACUGCAUAAGCAUGCAAAUGAUAAAAGAAAUAUUCAUAACCUGGCUCUACUUACCACAGAUAGGCUAAAGGAUAUUAUUUUUAAAGAGAGAAAUUCCAAAGUACAGCUUGAAAUUGUGGUCCACAGACUUCAAAAUGAAAUCAAAAGACUAAGUAUUGAGUUAAUUAAAGCAAGAGAUGAACAAGAAGAUCAAAUUAAACAUCUAAGAACGCUGGAAAAAGCAUUAGAAAAAAUGGAACGACAAAAAGGGCAGCAGCAAGCGGCACAGAUGAGACUUAUCCAAGAGGUUGAGCUCAAAGCUGCAGCUGCUGACAGAGAAAUAAAUUUGCUUAGAACUUCUCUUCAUCAAGAAAAAGAACAAGUACAGCAACUUCAUGAACUUAUUGCAAUGAAAGAACAAGAACACAGAAAAGAACUUGAAACAAGGGAGAUUUUUAAUGAUGCCGAGUUCCAACAAGCCUUAGCCAAAGAAGUAGCUAAAGAAGAGAGAAAACAUGAGCAAGACUUAAAAGGCUACCAGGAAAAAAUUGAUAGAUUGAAUCAACAGUAUCUGGAUUUAGAAAAUGAAUUCCGCAUUGCUUUAACAGUUGAAGCCAAAAGAUUUAAAGAGGUUAAAGAUGGUUUUGAAAAUGUUGCAACUGAGUUAGCAAAGAGCAAGCAUGCUCUUGUUUGGGCUCAACGAAAAGAAAAUGAAUCUUCCUCUUUAAUUAAAGAUCUGACCUGUAUGGUGAAGGAGCAGAAAACAAAACUUGCAGAAGUUUCCAAAUUGAAACAGGAAACAGCUUCAAAUUUACAAAAUCAAAUCAACACUAUUGAAAUUUUGAUUGAAGAUGACAAGCAGAAGAGUAUUCAAAUAGAACUUCUCAAGCAUGAAAAAGUCCAGCUGCUUUCAGAGCUAGCAGCCAAGGAAUCAUUAAUUUAUGGUUUAAGGACAGAAAGAAAAGUGUGGGGACAUGAACUGGCACUGCAGGGCUCUUCUUUAGCCCAAAGUCGUGGAAAACUAGAAGCGCAAAUUGAAAUGUUAUGUAAAGAGAAUGAUUCUCUGCGAAAGGCAAGUGAACGUGAUAAUGACGCAUUAAGAAUCAAGUGUAAAAUCAUAGAAGACCAAACAGAAACGAUUGGAAAAUUAAAGGAUUGUCUACAGGAAAGAGAAGGACAAAUCAAAUUAUUGCAUGAAAAGAUCACUGAAAUACAAAAAUGUACUCAAGAACAACUUGAAGAAAAAUCUUCCCAAUUAGAUGACAUACUUGAGAAACUACAAAGACACAAUGAAAGAAAAGAAAAUCUAAAACACCAGUUGAAAAUAAAGGAAUUAGAACUUGAAGAAAUUAGAAAAGCUUACAGUACACUUAGUCAAAAGUGGCAAGAUAAAGGAGAACUUCUGUGUAAUCUUGAAAUGCAAGUAAAAGAAGCAAAAAUAAACUUUGAAAACAAGGAAAAGAAACUUAAGGCAGAAAGAGACAAAAGCAUUGAACUACAAAAGGAUGCAUUAGAAAAGCUACAAUGCAUGGAUGAUGCCUUUAAAAAACAAGUAGAUGCAAUUGUUGAGGCUCAUCAAGCUGAAAUAAUACAUCUGGCCUAUGAAAAGCAGAAAUGCAUUGAUUCUGCCAAUUUAAAAGUUUGUCAAGUUGAGGAAGAAAUGCGUGGACUUCUAGAAGAAACAUGUAAAAACAAAAAAGCAAUGGAAUUAAAAAUUAAGCAACUUGCUUGUGCUCUAAAUGAAAUUCAGCAAGACUUGUGAUGGUUCUGAGAACUAAUUUAAUUGAAAUGGACCAGCAGACUUAUUGUAAAAAUGAUUAAAUAUUGUAACAGUAGUAACUGCUACGACUUUGAAAUGUCUCUUUCUACACUUUUCAUUUUGAUUAUAUUUUUUAAAAACUUGA